AUCUUGCUGAGAUCUCGGCUAGACUGUGGAAAGCUGACUGCCACGGAUCGCCUCUAUUUUUCUGUCUUCGUACCGAUGGUAUUGAUUCUUCUUUGUUUUUUUUUUUUUCUCCAAGGUUUUUUCCCCCAAGGUUCUAGCUUGUUUGACCAGAGAUUGGUAGGAUUUGCUUAAUGUUGAAGCUAUGGAAGUGGUAGAAAUGAUUCGCAGUUUUUUCGUUCGAAUGUUUCGGUCUUUUCUUUUACAAAUUUGGAUGAUCUUAAAAAUUCUUCGUAAAAUGUAGGAAAUUAUUCAAUUCUUUCUUUAACUAUAAUACGUGAAAUAUAUUAGGUUGUAUAAAAUGUAAAAAAGAGUUAAUGAUUGUAAAAUAAUUGUUUUUUAACAAUUGAUUAUUGAUAAAAAUUGCAGAAUUCGAUUUACAGUACAAGUAAUUAUAUAAAGGCGAUACUACAAAGAAGUGAAGAGAUGAUUGCUGUAAUAUACUAUGUUUCUGACAAUACUGUCAGGCAAUUUACAUUAGCUUGUAAUCAUGAUUGUGCAAGCAAAUUUUCGGUAGGCUGAACACUUGGUAUGGAUUUAUGAAAGUAUUAAAGUUAUAAAGAUGCCAUAUAAGAGUUUCGUACUUGUUAACUGUUAUAUUACUGUGGACAUAUAUGUUAUAUGUACAAUUUCACUAUUUCGAUGUACAAUGACUGAGAUAUACAUUCAAAGUUCAAAAUUAAAUUUUUGCAGAAUAUAUAAAAUCACAUAAGAUGUAGUAUUCAUUCGUGAGUUUUUAAAAAUCCAGUAUAUUUUUAACUUUAUGUAAUGAUAGGUUUUACUUGACUGUAUAUCUGGUUGUCUUUAAAAAGGCGCAAAGAAAUUCAGAAUCGUUUGAUAUUGACAGAUAAUUCAAUUAAUAAUUCAAUUGAUUGAUUGAUUGAUAUGUAAUUCAAUGAUUCUUCCAUACAAAGAGUUUCUUCAGGUAAAAAAAAUAAAGCAAAAAAUUAUUUUUCGAAAUCACUAUCUUCAUAUUCACUCGAUUAUAAUUUACUAUAUUUCUCUUACUUCAAAUAGAAAAUAGUAAAAGAAAUUUCAAAAAUACAUUUCCAUUGAAUUUCUAAAAUUUAAACCAAUGCAAAUUUUAUAAUAAUGAAGAAUUAAAAUAAAUACACGAGUGAAUUGUAUAAAAGUGUUACAAAUAAUGUAUCUGAAAGCAGUAGGCACUUUGAAAGUCAUGCCAUUUAGUUUUGGAAAUAAAAAUUUGAAAUAAGUUAUUCUUGAAAUGUUAUUGCUGUAGCUCGUAUUGUAAUACCCAUAUAUUACGUAAGGAACUUUCGCCUACUAAAGAGGUUACGCGUCUUCUCGUUUAUUAUACAAAAGGUAUUAUGAUUAAUUAAAAAAUCAAACGUCGUUGUUUGCAAAAUUUAAUGAAAGAUUUGCUUUACUUAGGCAAUCUCUAAAUUUCUUUGAAGAAAUCCUACGUCAACCAGCAAUCGCAAACCAACAACUCCUUUUUUGUUACUCGAUUGUAAUGUGGCCAUGUAAGGAUUGUGAAAACGAAGUUUGUACUUCGACACACCAAGGACAAAGACGUUCACUGGAAUGUAAAGGAAAAAAAAAAAAAAGAAAAAAAAGAUGCAAUGGCAGAAAACACGAAGCAAUAUUUCGUUAUUAGUAAUCAUUAGUGGAUUUUUAUGCGGAACUUAAUGAUGCAGUUGUGUUAUCCAGAGAUAUAUAAAACGUGUGAUAUAUGAAAUGUGUAAUUAAAUCGUGUAUGCGUUUAUGAAAAAUUUGAAAAUAUAAAAUUGUGUAUGACUUGAAUUGUAAAGCUAUGGUAAUUUACAAAAUUUAAAGGAAAAUGAAAAGAAAUUAUUUCGCUUCAUAAUACAUAUAGAUAUAUAUAAAAAAAAACUGCAGAUGUUUUAGAAAUAUAACUAAGAAAUGCAACAAAUAUAUCAUCAUUAAUAUAUAAUAUUCAUUUUAUAAAUUUUUGUAUUCUUAGAAUUCACAAAAAUGUGUAUAAUCUGUAGUCUAAUAAUAAAUACUUUGCUUCAGAUAUUUUACGCAUUUUUCCAUAUUACGUGUGUUUUAUGUAUGUUAGGACGGGAUUAGGCCCGGAUUAAAGCUCUGUUUACGACUUUGAAUUUGAACAAACAUCAAAAAUAAAUAAAAACUUUCGCUUAUUUUUUUAAUAGGAGAGACGAACCUUUUCCUUUCUUAUUCGUACGAAAUAUAAAUUUUCGCAAGAAUUUCUAGAAUUUAAUGCUUAUACCAUUUUUCACUACUCAGUUUCUUUCAGUCAGGAUGUUGGUCCCCUCCGGUGGUAUUUCGAUGCUGGAUUAUAUAAGAUCGGCUGAAAAUCUUGCCACAAAACCCAACAGAGUUAACCUUCCUCUCAGACCUAUGGCCGAGAGUGAAAAGGACCAUUUCACGGACUGUCAUCCAAAUGUGUCAGGAUUCGACGAGUGCAUACGAGAAGCGUUAAACGAAAUUCGACCUUACUUCAAAACUGGCCUCCCCCAGUAUAACGUAGACACUAUCGAUCCAUUUUUCGCAAAGGAAGUGUCAGUAUCGCGAGGAAUGCCCAAUUUAGGUUUCACAUUGACGCUGAAGAACGUUACCGAGAGCGGAUGGGUUAGGAGCAAGGUGACGAAAUUCGUCAGCGACUUCACAAAUUAUAGAACGAUCUCGUUCAAACGACAGUCAUCACCAGAAGACCAGGGGAAAAGAUUCAAGUCAGUGUGAAUGUACAAAAGAUCAGGGAUUUGAAGCUUCAUAUCUCAAAUUUGCUGUACGGACAUAAAAUGCUGGAAAACAUACUUGACAAAAUAAUAAAUGGCACGUGGCAGCCAGGAUUCGUGGUUACCAGACGUAUAAUCAACGAUCUUGUCUCUGCCGCGUUUACAGAGGGCUUUCACAAGUCUUUUUACAAUUUUCCUUUCGAGAAAAUUAUCAAACCGAAACCUAACACCGGUUGAUGAGAAUUUUGAUUCAAAAAUGGCACGAUAAUGAACAAAAGCAUUUUGGCGAAUUCGCCAUUCUUCGAAGAAUUUUUUAUCCAAUUCUCGUUUAAUUAUGAUACAUAUGAAUUUUAGAUUUGAAAGUUACAUUUUUUGAAGAAAGUUUGACGUUUCUACCGGAUAUCUUGCAUUACUCAAUUUAUUCAAUUGUCGAGGUGCGUCAAUUGCCUCGAAUUUAAAAGGAGCCUCGAAGAAGACUAUUCUGAAAAAUACUCAUUUAUUAUUCAUAGAUAUAAUUUUUAUACCUAUUAUUUUUUAAAUGAUACAAAAAUGAUAAGACUUGCAUAAAUAUAAAAAAAGGAAAGGAUAUAAAUUCGAUCCUCGAAAUGUCAGAAAGAUACAUGAAAAUCAACUAAAUGCUUAUUCUAAUUCAGAGGAGUUUCGAAAUAAUUAGUAUUUAUUGAGAAAAAAACAUCUUUGACAAGUGAUGACGAAACUAAACGACUUAUUAUGCAACGAAUAAUGAAUAUUGAAAAAGACGAGAUGUAUUCAUUACGUAAAAAGACGCUGCGAUCUUCGUAGAAUUAAUCGCUCAUGACUAUUCAUGAUUAUUUAUUUUGCGAAUAUUUUCCUCAUUUUUGUGAAGUUUUCUUUCAUACAGAGUAAAUCACGAAUUAUAUAUUUGGCAAUAGGAUACAUUUCUGCAGUAUAUGAAGCUGAAGAAAUGCUGAUUUCACGAUAAUUAGCAAACGAAAAAAAGAAGAUAGAUUUAUAGUGAUUUCUUUGCAACGAAGCUUCUUACUUAUUCUUGGUCACUUUGGAAACAUUGUUUUAAUCUUUUGUCAAAAUAUUUAACGACAGAUAUUCAGAAUUUUAACAAUUUUAAUUAUUCUUUUCCUCAAAUGUUUUCGUGUUCUUUAUAAUUCAAUGCAAUUAUUAAUUAGAUUCGUUUGAACUGAAUUCUUAUUUUUAUAUUCAGCGGAGUUUAUUAUGUACUUCUUAUAGACUUGUCGUAUAUUUGCCAAACAUUUGAGAUAAAUUUCACUUUUAAAUUUAAUUUAAAUUAAAUUGAUUUACUUUAAAUUCUUGCAAAAUAAGAAGAUAUUCUGCAAGAUAUUCAAAUUAUGAUCUUAUUUAAUCCAUUGAGGACUAAAAAUAUAACCAACUUUUAUUUACAAUUAAUUUAUACUAUCAAAUUCUAUUUUUUUAAAUACUAAAACGGCGAAAGAAAGAUUCUAAGAAUCAAUCUUGAAAUAGUAUUGCUGGAUUGUAAUAAUUUGUUUUGUCACACUAUUUUCAAUAUUCAAUUUUAUUCUUUAUUUCACAUUCACUGUGAUAGAGAUACAAUUAAAUUAAAAAUUCUGAAAUUAUUUAAAAAUUUUCUAGGCCUUCAAUGACGCUAAUUAAUAUUUUUGUCUCCAUUAAAUCUUCAUAAUUCCACCAAAUUUCAAAUGUUAUGACGAUCUCUCGAUUCUGAGCAUCAUAGAUAAAAUAAACAAACUAACUUUUCAGAGACAUUUCAACGCGAAACUUUUGAUUCGUUCGAACUGAGAAAAAAGAUGGCGUCAAAGGGGAGAAACAGUAUACGUGGAAUGCAAAGAUUCGCGAGAUAUGUCUAUUCUGUUCAUAUCCUUCAUCUUUGAUAACAUCUUCGUGCGAUAGGACUACACAAUUGGCUUUUUUACGAUGGCAAAUUACGAUUCAAGGGCUUCUCAGAAAUCGUGAUCUUCUCUUCUUCCGUUCGUACUAACGAACGUAACGAAGCGAGCACGAGACUUUCUUCUUCUGUCGGAAUAGCCGUUCGCCUUGAGAGGCUGACGGUCUCUGACCUCGCAUUCUCUCGUGAUGCAUCGGCUCUCAUCGAACAUUGUCGAUAAUUUGUAUCGAAUGGAGUUAGAUAACAGGGAAAAUGGCUGUCUCAUUGUUCCCUUUGUGACAAAGAAUAAGUAAAUACAUCGUCAUCAUCCAAUGUGCUUAUUCAGUGGAUCAAAAUCAUGGAUCAGGGAUUAAUUCAAAUAGUCACGUUUUUUUCUACAAUGGAUCACGAAAGUAAUUGAACACUGUUCGCAGGAAAAAUUUUAUGUAUAUAUCAUAUACGUAUGUAGUAUUAUAUAAAACAUUCGAAAAAAUUAUUAUCAUUGUGAUGAGAAACCGUCAAUAUAAUUAUAUUGAACAUGUGUUUAUUGAAGAUUAUUUUGCCAGUUAAAUAUUAUACUCUGUAUAUUUUGUAUAUUUUCUUAUAUUACGUGCAAUUCUGCAAAAAUUUCACGUUAAAAUUUCCUAUGAAUGUCUGUUGUCUGCGGCUAUUUCAUUUUUGUGAAAUAUGUACGAACUUAUUUAUAUUAAAUAAUUUGUAAUUUCUAUAUUUCUAUGUUUUAUUCAUACAUAUAUGUUUUAUACAACACACAGAAAGUUGUCAUAAAUUGUUUCGAAUGUAUUCGUGAGCGAUUGUACAUAGAAAUGUGAGUUAUUCAUCUAAAAAAUUAACGCUUGAAAUACGAGAAUGAAAAUAUCGAUGUUAACACGAUUCUAUUAAGAACCAUUAAGAUCCUUAAGAUGUCAAAUAUUCUGAACACGUUGUUUCUACGUCUAACAUGACAUCGAACGAAAGCAUUACGGUUCAUAAUACUCGAUCGAUGAUCGAUUCUUAUCGUGAGCACGAGUUACGGUGCUUAUUAACGGUGCUUAACAUUCAUUGCUAAACGUACGAACUUCUCUGACGUCCAGCAUUCACAUCCGCUUAUUUUCGUCGUACCUUGUCCAAAUUUUUAUUGUUCAUUAUAGUAUACGUUUUGUGUUUAAUCCAUUGUGUCGAGUGAACAAUGUCAAUCGCAUCGCAUGUUUCAAUAAAAUCCAAGUAUCCUACAAUUUUCAAAUAAUUUUUCGACCAUUUGUAUCCCAUAUUUUUAAUGAAGUUACUUUAUACUUUCAAUGAAGGAAGUAAUUUUUUACUUUUUAAACUUUCUUUUUCUGUUCUUUUUUUUUUGGAAA